GUCUGCUGCACACACCCAACCUACAAGCCUACUAGCGCCAUCUGUGUGUCCCCAUUGGAACUACGUGCUGGCUGGUGGCCAUUAUUGGCACUAACUCUGGCACCUUGUUUGAAGCUGUAGACACUUUUAGCUUUUCCCUUUAUAUUUUCAUUCAGCGUCUGAUUUACCGAAGUAUCAAAGCGUAAUGGAUGACGAGGCGGAAUGCUACAAACUCUGGCGCGUGAAGAAAACUGUUAUGCAGCUCUGCCACGACCGUGGAUACUUGGUAACUCAAGAUGAACUUGACCAAACAUUGGAGCAGUUUAAAGAGCAGUAUGGUGAUAAACCCAGUGAGAGGAAACCGUCUCGGGCUGAUCUGAUUGUUCUUGUCGCUCACAACGAUGAUCCUACAGACCAAAUGUUUGUUUUCUUCCCUGAAGAACCCAAAAUAGGAAUUAAAACUAUCAAAACCUACUGUCAACGUAUGCAAGAAGAAAAUAUUCACAGGGCAAUGAUUGUGGUUCAGCAGGGCAUGACACCUUCAGCCAAACAGUCUCUGGUAGACAUGGCCCCAAAAUACAUUCUGGAACAAUUCUUAGAAUCUGAGCUGCUUAUUAAUAUUACAGAGCAUGAGCUUGUUCCAGAACAUGUUGUUAUGACACCCGAAGAAAAAUCAGAGCUAUUAGCUAGAUACAAACUGAAAGAGAACAAUUUACCCCGUAUCCAGACUGGUGAUCCUAUAUGUCGCUACUACGGUUUGAGAAGAGGCCAGGUUGUUAAAAUUAUUCGGUCUUCUGAAACAGCUGGUCGAUACAUCUCUUACAGACUUGUGUGCUGACAGUCUUGAAACUGUUGAGUCUUUAAUGGAUUUUGAGCAAAGAAGAAAGGAUUGUGCUGUGUGUAAAUAAUUUUUUUGCUCCUCUGUAGCAGUUGGCCAUAUCAUGCUCUACAGACUUCAAAGCUGACAAGUUUCUCAAUUGAAAUCCUUGUGAAUCGUAAAAAAAUAUUGUGCAAUGUGUAAAUAGCCUAAUAAUAAUAAAAGAAAAUCCUACAGUU